UGUUUUGGGGUGGUGGGGGUGGGAUUGAGAUUUUGUUUGGGGGUGUAAUGUAUGGGGAAGGCUACGCUGACGAAGCCAUUGAUCUUCCAAUCGAAGCUCCUCUGCUUCUCUCUGCUUUACCUCUUCACUACUCUCUUCUUAGCCCUCUACACUUCUCUCUCCCCUUCCUCCAAAUGCCUCUUCCGAUCUUCCCCCUUCGAUCCCAUCCAGACCCCUCUCUUCUCCUACCCUUCCUCCUACGGCCAGCACAAGUACGCCCUCCCCACCCACCGCGCCUCCUGCUCCUCCCCCGUCUUCUUCUCCGAUUACGCGGCGGUGCUCAAGGAGAUUAAUGGGCUGUGCCAGAAUUCUUCUUCUGCCUCAGCGUCGGGUCUGAGGUAUGUGCAGCAGGGGAAGAAAGCGGAUAGCUUCGGUGGAAAUCUCGGUACCCGGGAGAGGAUUUCGUAUUUCGAUCACGAGAAUCGUGAAGGGAUCGACGUCCCGUGCGGAUUCUUCAAGGAAUUCCCGAUUAGCGAGAGCGAUAAAAUGGCGAUGGAGAAAUGCGAUGGGGUCGUGGUGGUCUCGGCAAUAUUCAACAACCAUGAUAAAGUCCGGCAGCCCCGAGGCCUGGGGUCCCAAACCCUGGCCACCACGUGCUUCUUCAUGUUCGUGGACAACGUCACCUUAGAUGAUCUCUACCGCCACAGGCUAAUCCAGGCCCAGUCCCAGGAGCUCGGGAUCGGGGCGUGGAGGAUCGUAAGGGUCUUAAGCGACCGCCUAUACGAGAACCCCGCGAUGGACGGCGAGAUACCAAAGUACCUCGUCCACAGGCUGUUCCCGAGCUCAAAGUUCAGCAUCUGGAUCGACGCGAAGCUGCAGCUUGUCGUGGACCCACUGCUGCUGAUACACGCGCUGCUGGUGUCAGAGGGCGCUGACAUGGCAAUUUCGAAGCACCCGCUCUUCGUCCACACGAUGGAGGAGGCCAUGGCCACCGCGAGGUGGAAGAAGUGGCGGGACGUCGAGUCUCUGAGGGACCAGAUGGAGACGUACUGCGAGAACGGGCUGCAGCCCUGGUCUCCUAAGAAGCUUCCAUAUCCCUCAGAUGUACCGGACAGUGCCCUGAUCAUAAGGAGGCACGGCCUCAGGAGCAACCUCUUCUCUUGCCUGGUGUUCAACGAGCUAGAGGCGUUCAACCCGAGGGACCAGCUGGCCUUCGCCUUCGUGAGGGACUCAAUGAGGCCACAGCUGAGGAUCAACAUGUUCGACGUGGAGGUGUUCGAGCAGAUCACGGUGGAGCACCGGCACAACCUAAAACGCGGAAAAGGCGGGCCCACCUCCACCACGAGCAAGAGCGUGAGCAAUAAGGUGAUGAAAAGAGCAAGCUCACCUAACUCUUGCCUUUAUGUUAAUGGCAGCCGCUGGGGCAGGUGUGAGAAGUAUCUGUUGCAAAUGUGGGGCUAGUAGAAUUCGAUCACAACUGUACAAAAAAAUACAAAGAAUUCGAUGGUUUACAUAAAAAAAAAAAAGGAAUCAAGAAAAUACGUAUGUCAUUCGAUAUUCUGCUGAAAGUAAUUUCAUUUAAGUGUUUGAGAGAGCGUGAAUUGUUAUUAUUAAUGAUAUCAUUAGUUUGUAAAUCCCGUAGUUGAUUUUGUUCCUCGGAACGACAUGCUGUCGGGAGAGUUUAGAUUGGAAAAAGCUGACAACUCAAUCACAGGUUGUCAGAGCACCUUCUUUUGUGUUC